AUGAAGUUUACCAUCCUAACCGUAGUGACAACGGCUGCCACCUUCGUCGCGGGCAAUCCUCUCACACAUAGGAGCUGUACUGGCACUCCGGUCAACUACGGCGCCAUCAUUUUCCCUGGCAUGGACAUGAUUGAUAUAUGGGGACCCCUUGACAUCCUCCAGCUCACUGCCCUCAGCAACAAACUGAAUCUCCAUCUCAUAGCCGCUGACAAGAACCCCAUUGUCACCGGCAUCAUUGAUCCGUCUGACCCGACUAGAAACAAGUUUGGCUCCUCUUUUUGGCCUACCAUUGUCCCGACAGCCACAUUCGACGACGACCUCGACCUUGACGUGUUGCUCGUCCCUGGCGGCCCCGGCGUGCGCGCUCCUGGCCUAGAACCUAUUGUAGAAUACGUCAAGAGGACGUACCCGAAGGUCAAGUACCUGAUCACAGUAUGCACUGGUGCCAGCUUUGCUGCCCGCGCAGGCAUCCUCGACGGCCGGCGAGCUACGACGAACAAACGUGCUUGGCAGACUAUCACUGCCUUUGGCCCCAAGGUCAAGUGGGUUUCGCCUGCGCGGUAUGUAGUUGAUGGUAACAUCUGGUCUUCGUCUGGUAUCACUUCAAGCUUGGACUUAACUUACGCCUUUGUUGAGGCGGUCUACGGCAAGAACCAAAGCACCAUCAUCGCCAACACGAUGGAGCACACGCCCCUUGCCGCAGACAAUGAUGUGUUUGCUGACAUCUGGGGUGUCGCGCCAACGGGGAACUAA